UCAUCCUGGAUCCCUUUCAAAAGGAGUCUGUGAAAUGUUUAGAAAACAAUCAGUCUGUCUUGGUGUCUGCACAUACAUCAGCUGGAAAAACAGUUGUGGCCGAGUAUGCUAUUGCUAUGUCUCUAAAAAACAAACAGAGAGUCAUUUACACUACACCUAUCAAGGCUCUCAGUAACCAAAAAUACCGUGAGUUGUAUGAGGAGUUCCAGGAUGUUGGUCUGAUGACAGGAGAUGUCACAAUAAAUCCCAGUGCAAGUGCCUUGGUCAUGACCACAGAGAUUUUGAGAAAUAUGCUGUACAGGGGCUCUGAGGUCAUGAGGGAAGUAGCCUGGGUUGUCUUUGAUGAAAUUCACUAUAUGCGAGAUAAAGAAAGAGGUGUAGUUUGGGAGGAAACCAUCAUUCUUCUUCCAGACAAUGUACAUUAUGUGUUUCUCUCUGCUACAAUUCCAAAUGCCAGGCAGUUUGCAGAAUGGAUUGCGCACCUCCACAAACAGCCAUGUCAUGUGGUGUAUACAGACUUCAGGCCUACGCCUCUUCAACAUUAUAUUUACCCAGCUGGUGGAGACGGUCUUUUCCUUGUUGAGGAUGAAAAGGGAGAGUUUCGUGAGGAGAAUUUUCAAAAGGCAAUGGCUGUCAUAAGAGAAGGAGGAACUGACCCAGGGAACCUGAGAGGAAGGAAAGGGGGGACUAAAGGUCCUUCAAAUUGUUUCAAAAUUGUCAAAAUGAUCAUGGAGAGGAAUUUCCAGCCUGUGAUCAUCUUCAGCUUUAGCAAGAAAGAAUGUGAGGCAUAUGCUUUGCAGAUGUCUAAACUGGACUUUAAUUCAGGGUUAUGUUCAUCAACCUAAGUAUUGCCUUCCUUUUAUGCAACCUGGACGAUUAGUUGAGGUGAAGAAUAAUGACAUUUACUUUGGAUGGGGUGUGGUUCUCAAUUUCCAGAAGAAGGCCAAUCAAAAGAGUGGUCCAACACAUGGGGAGACUUUGUAUGUGUUAGAGGUGUUACUUAAUUGUUCCAGUCAGCCGUUGAAGUCAGCAGAUGGUGAGACACCUCAGCCAUGCGGGCCUGAUGAAAAAGGAGAAAUGCAGGUUGUGCCCAUUUUGUUACAAUUGGUGAAAGCAAUAAGCAGUGUCAGGUUGUAUAUUCCUAAGGAUUUGAGGUCACUGGACAGUAGACAGAGUGUUGGAAAAUCAGUCAAGGAGGUACAACGUCGAUUUCCAGAUGGCCUACCAAUGCUGGAUCCUAUGGAAGACAUGGGAAUCAAAGAUGAUGGAUUAAAGUCUGUUAUAAGGAAAAUAGAGAGUUUAGAGCAUAGAAUGUACACUCAUCCAAUGCAUAAAGAUCCUGAUCUGAAAUCCCUGUACAAUUUAUGUGAGAAGAAAGCUCAGAUUAUCAGUGAAAUUAAAACAGUCAAGAAGGAAUUGAGGAGAACAAAGACAGUUCUGCAAAUGGAUGAACUCAAGAGUAGGAAACGAGUUUUGCGAAGGUUGGGAUAUGCCACAGCAUCUGAUGUAAUUGAGCUUAAGGGAAGAGUCGCUUGUGAACUAAGCAGUGGGGAUGAACUGCUACUGACAGAGAUGAUCUUUAAUGGAGUUUUCAAUGAACUGACAGUUCAACAGUGCGUGGCUUUACUCAGCUGUUUUGUGUUUGAAGAGAAGAGUGACGAGAUUCCCAAACUGAAAGAAGAACUAGCAGGUCCCUUGAGACAAAUGCAGGAAUCUGCACGCCGUAUUGGAAAGGUUUCAGAAGAAGCUAAACUUGAAAUAGAUGUGGAGACAUAUGUGGAAUCCUUUAAACCUCAUAUUAUGGACGUAGUGUUUGCCUGGGCAAAUGGAGCCUCAUUCUCUCAGAUUUGUAAAAUGACUGAUGCGUUUGAAGGCAGUGUUAUUCGUUGUAUGCGACGCUUGGAAGAACUCUUGAGACAAAUGUGUCAAGCAUCCAAAGCCAUAGGAAACACAGAGUUGGAAAACAAGUUUGCAGAGGGAAUAAUCAAAAUCAAGCGGGAUAUCGUUUUUGCUGCCAGUUUGUACCUCUAAGAUGUGAAGAGAGAGUAUUUACCUAUUUUUCUUUGGAUCU